AUGCGUGCCACCACCGUUGGGAUCGUCUCCAUCGGAGACAUGGGCUUGGGCAUGGCGAAUCUGCUCAAGGGCCAUGAUUACCGGGUAGUCACCGUCGCGGAGGGGAGAAGUGAACACACGCUGGCGCGAAUCCACGCGGCUGGCAUCGAGGCACUGUCUUCAGAUCAGGAGCUCGUGAUCCAGGCGGACUACAUCUUAUCCAUCCUGCCUCCGCGGAAUGCUCUCGCGACGGCGGAGCGCAUUGCGGGGGCCUACAGGCAGCCCGAUACAGCAAGUAGACGGCAGGAGUUGGAGGACGUUAACCAUCGGCCGAACCGAAGCGAUCUCUUCUACCUCGACCUCAAUGCAAAGCCAGCCCGAUGGGCCCAGCAGAUGGCAGCGCUGUAUGAGCCCACCUCAAUCGGGUCAUUGGCCGGGAGCCACUUCCUCGAUGGCGGGAUCAUUGGGGGCCCGCCAAAGCUUACAGACGGAAAGUGGAAGAAGCCCAGCGUGGUGCUGUCGGGCGCGCUCGUUUCGCCGCGGGUUGGCGCGGCGUCCACACUCAAGAUGUCCUUUGCGGCACUCACCAAGGGCCUCACUGCGCUGUCGAUUCUGUCCUUCUCCACCGCUCAGCGGGAAUCGCUUCUCCCGGAGCUGCUGGAGCAUCUCGACACUUUCUCCCCACACACGGGCUCGUUGGCUCGCGCUGGCGUCAUAGGGAUGAGUCCCAAGGCGUACCGAUGGGUGGACGAGAUGCGCGGCAUCGGUGAAACGUUCGAUUCAGAGGGUGGAUGGGAUGGAGUCGGGGCCAGUAUCUAUGGCGGAAUUGCCGAGGUCUACCGCGCCGUAGCGGAGGAUACAAUCCUAGGUCAAGAACGUGUCGAGCAGCGACGACGUGGGACCAGCGUGGAGGAUGCAGCCGGCAUCAUUGCUCAGCGAGGAACGGAGCACGAUAUCGGAAAUUCUAUGUCAUAG